CCGGACGGCCCCUCGGCUGCGGGCGGGGGAGCAGGGGCCGCGCGCGCUGGAUGCAGACCCGGCAGGCAGAGGCGGGAGCGCGCCGAGUAGGGCGGCCGGGAGCGCGUAGGAGGGAGGGGCUGCUUCUCCGCGGCUGCGCCUGAGGACCCCAGACACCCAACCGGUCGGGCUUCGGGGGGAAUCCCUUGGGGUCCCGAACUCAGCCUAACCUCCUCUCCCCACCCCCUGCCAUACACACCUGCCCCGGCCCCCACCCCAACUGCUUGGCGACCAAGGCCCGCCUGGACGCGGAUAGGUUGGGCCCUGGCAACCAGGGGGCGGGACCAUCGCGCCUCGUGCCCAAUUGACCAAUCCGGCCGCUCGGUGUCCCAGGCCCUGUCCUCGCUUUUGCGACCGCAGAGGCAGGCCCCCCAGGAUUCUUGGGGCUUCCGCCCCUCUCAUACCCAAAGGGUUUUCACAGACCCCAGGAAACCCCGUACCUGGUUGGGCUAGGGGGACUGGUGGGAGAAUGCAGCCCUGGGAAUGUAGGGGUAGACCCCAGAUUUGGGGGAAGAGAGGAAGAAAGGACAAGAGCGAGAGACGGAGGAUGGUGAGAGAUGACCCAGCCUUCUGCAGGGCAGAGCACCCCCCCCCACUCGCCACACCCUCCCAGGUCACACGAAGUCAAGUCAGCAAAGGCUUCCUGGCAGAGCCGGGAUUUGUGGGGAUGAGAUUAUGGGGGGCCUGGAGGUAUAAAAACGGGUGCAAGAGGAGCCGAGAAGAUCCCGUCUGAGGUUUCCCAGCCCAACCUGAGGGAGUAAGAGGUGUCAUUUUGGUGACCCGCCAAACUGGUGCAGAGGCCUCAUGGAGGACCUUGGUAGGGGACUGUGGCAUUGAGGGGGUUGAAGCAAGAAGAGGAAGAUGGCCAUCCUCAGCUGCCCACAGCUGGCCAACAGUGCCAGGUGCCCUCUUGCACCUCUGCUUAUACUCAAGGCCACAUGGCUCCCCACACACACACUCACACACACUGUGCUCUCUGCCCCCAAGCCCCAUCUCUUCAGACUCUUAGCCACUCACUACCCCAUCCCAAAGAACCAGCUCCUUCUGCCUCACCCCUUCCCCCAUCACAUUUGUACAUACAUACACAAACACAGAGUAUCCACCGUACGAUUCCAUUUAUAUAAUGUUCUGGAAAACACAAGCUAACCUAUAGUGACAGAAAGCGAAUCAGUGGUUGUUGGGGACCACCGGGGGAGGGAAACUUUUGAACCACCAAUUGAAGCCACUCUGAUUGAUUCCUGACCCUCAGAAACUAUGUGAGACAAUAAAUUCUUGUUGUCUUAAGGUGCUAGGUUUGGGGGCAAUUUGUUACACAGCACAGUAAUAUGUAACUACCUCAGGCUCAGAAAACCUUAAAAGCUGGGUAUAAAAUAUCAAGUGUUGUUGAGAAUGUGGAGAAAUUGGAACAGUUGUACUGUUGGUGGGAAUGUAAAAUGGUGCAACCACUGUGAUUCCACUUAUAUGGGGUCCCCAGAGGAUUCAAAUUCAUAGAGAUGGAUGGUAGAAUGGUGGGUGCCAGGAGCUAGGGAGAGGAAUGAGGAAUAUGAGUUCAAUGGGGACAGAGUUUCAGUUCUGCAAAACAAAAAACGUUCUGAAGAUGGAUGGUGGCGAUGGUUGCCCAACACUGAAUGUACUUAAUGGCACUGAACUGUAAACUUAAAAAUGGUUAGGAUGACAAAUUCUAUGUUAUGUGUGUGCUCUACCACAAUUGUUUAAAACCUGGACAGUGUCCAUGCGGGAAAACUCACAAACUACCUGUGGGAAUGUAAAGGGGGCAGGCUUUCUGGAGGACAGCUGGAGAGCAUUGUAUGCGUGUCAUAUGACUGAGACAUUCCACUCAAGCGUCUGUACCUGUGGCAGUGCCAUACAGCUCCUUCCAUAUCUCCUGAGCACCCAGAGUCCCCACCUGCAGGAAAGUCAGAAGUGUCAGGGCCUUAACACUCCCUCCAUCCCCCUCUCCAGAGCAGCCCUCAGCCACGACAGACAGGAGCUGGUACGUCAAUGCUUCAACUCCCUCACUUAUUGGGUGGGAAAACUUGGAGGUGUGUCCUCCACCAUCUCCCAGAGCUCCCCCGCACAAUGGAACCCCAGUUGCCUAUAUUGGCAGCCUGCUCCUUCACCCUCAUUAACACUACUGGCUUCCUUCCCUUCCCCACUGCCUCACCUUCCAGAGAAACUAUUUGCAUCUAAUUCCUUGCCUCAGGAUCUGCAUCUAGAAAGGCCCGAACUAAGCAUCCAUCCGUCCAUCAUUUACUGAAUGCCCACUGUGUGCCAGGCACCAUCCCAAGUGCUGGGGACACAGUAGGGAACAGAAGAGACACGUGUCUGGGGAUCAUGGGGCUUCGAUUCCAGUCACCACAGAGACUCUUGCACAAGUGCGCAAAGCGUCGUUUAUGAAAACACUUAUCCCAACAUAAAGCUGGAAACAAACGGCCAGGGUAUGGAUCUCAAGGAGCUUCUCCCGAGGCUAGAGGAAAGGGAGAAACUACUCAGCUCAAAAGGCCCCUGCCCCCUUGCUACCAUCUCACCUCGCCCUACUUUGUUAUAUACACAGCAUUUGUCACAAGCUGACAUUACCUUGUUCCUUACUUAUUUGCUUCCUUAUCUCUGUCUCCGCCAACCGCACUCCACCCCCAAUCCACACACACAGCAAUAGAGCAGAAGCUCUGAGAGAGAAGGUUUGCCUUUGGGUAGCCUGUGGCCGAGCCCACAGGGACUUCUUCAAGGGUCGCGCCCAUUGCAGGGUUUCACAGGGGAACUGAAGCUUAGGGGAUCCCAACUCUCAAGGUUUCGGAGUGUCUCUACCCUGGUGAACUUGUUUUCUUUUUCCCCAUGGGAGAUGGGGCCUCCCUCUGCCACCUGGUCCAGGUCCCCUCUCCCUUGAGUUUUGCAGACAGGGCAGAUCAAGGUCAACUGUCGCCUAAGACCCAGCUCAGGCCUCCCAAAGUGGGGAGGAAAUCAUGGUGUGGAGGGGAGGCAGAGUCUCCCUUUGAGAAGCCGGCCUCCCAGACCGGACUCCAACCCCGGCUCCCAGAGCCCUCUGACCCCCGUGCCCAACCCCACCAGGACCCGGGAGCGGCUCACUCCCUCUCCUCCCCCAGUGGAGAGCUUCCCCUGGCUGGGUGGUCAGAUCAGGAAGGGGGAAGCGCCGUGCCCUCUCUUGGGCCCUGGUCACUGAUUCCUUGGUUGAGCCUCCAGGCCAGGUAGCUGCACCUGGGAGUGAAGGGAGGAGGAGGGGAAGGAGGACUUCCACGCGUUCCUGACAAGGUCUAUGCAGCUGGGCUCCCGGAAGCGUGCCUUCAGGUCGGCUUUGGGAGCCCAGCGCCUCCAGCCCUCCUCAGUUUCCCCCGUGCCAGGUUUGCCUCACUGAAGCGGAGCCCAGAAUUCUACGGUCCCCGCUCCUCCGACCAGCCCCUCGCCCACCACGGAGACACCAGGAUUAGGAUCGCCCUCCUCCCGCGAUCCCGCGGUACCAGGAGUCGGGGGCGACCUGUGAGCGCCCUAAGGGAGGCGGGGCCGAUACGGCUGGUGGGCGGGGCCUGGCGGGGCGGAGCUGCUCCCGGCUCCUGUCCAGCUCGCCCGCCCGCCCGCCCUGACUCACCCAGCCUGUCCCGCGAACUCUGCGGGAGUCCCGGCCGCUCCGCUCCCAGAGACACAGGAGUUGGAACAAGCGUCCGGCCCGUGAGGCGGGAUGAUUCCGGUGGCGGAGUUCAAGCAGUUCGCGGAGCACCAGCCCAACUUCAAGGUGCUCAAACCUUGGUGGGACGUGCUGGCCGAGUACCUCACCGUGGCUAUGCUCAUGAUCGGGGUCUUCGGCUGCACCCUCCAGGUGACACAGGACAAGAUCAUCUGUCUGCCCAGUCACGGACCCCGGGAGAACUUAUCAGAGGCCGCGUGCCGGCAACUGCUGCUGCAGGGGGUCUCCGAGCAUGUGGGGGACCUCCAGGAGUUGAGCGGCCUCAGGAACAACCUGGACCUGCAGCAAUACAGCUUCAUUAACCAGCUCUGCUACGAGACGGCCCUCCACUGGUACGCCAAGUACUUCCCCUACCUGGUCGUCAUCCACACGCUCAACUUCAUGGUCUGCACCAGCUUCUGGUUCAAGUUUCCCGGCACCAGCUCCAAGAUCGAGCACUUCAUCUCUAUCCUGGGCAAGUGUUUCGACUCUCCGUGGACCACGCGGGCCCUAUCCGAGGUCUCCGGGGAGAACCACAAGGACCCUGCCGCCGCCGGGCGGGCAACGGUGACCAUGGCAGCAGCGGCGGCAGGACCAGGGAAGGCAGGUGAGGGUGAGAAGGAGAAGAUGCUGGCGGAGCCCGAGAAGGUGGUGACGGAGCCACCGGCUGUCACCCUGCUGGACAAAAAGGAGGGUGAGCAGGCCAAAGCCCUGUUUGAGAAGGUCAAGAAAUUCCGUAUGCACGUGGAAGAGGGGGACAUCCUGUACACCAUGUACAUCCGGCAGACGGUGCUCAAGGUCUGCAAGUUCUUGGCCAUCCUGGUCUACAACCUCGUCUACGUGGGGAAGAUCAGCUUCCUGGUGGCCUGUACGGUGGACACCUCGGAGGUCACGGGCUAUGCCAGCUUCUGCUGCAGCCACACGAAGGCCCACCUCUUCUCCAAGCUGGCUUUCUGCUACAUCUGCUUCGUGUGCGUCUACGGGAUCAUCUGCUUCUACACACUCUUCUGGCUCUUCCACCGGCCCCUCAAGGAGUACUCCUUCCGGUCCGUGCGGGAGGAGACGGGCAUGGGCGACAUCCCCGACGUCAAGAACGACUUCGCCUUCAUGCUGCACCUCAUCGACCAGUACGACUCACUCUACUCCAAGCGCUUCGCUGUCUUCCUCUCCGAGGUCAGCGAGAGCCGCCUGAAGCAGCUCAACCUCAACCACGAGUGGACGACCGAGAAGCUGCGGCAGAAGCUGCAGCGCAACGCCUGCGGCCGGCUCGAGCUGGCCCUCUGCAUGCUCCCGGGGCUGCCCGACACGGUCUUCGAGCUCAGCGAGGUGGAGGCCCUGCGGCUGGAGGCCAUCUGUGACGUCACCUUCCCCCCAGGCCUCUCGCAGCUGGUGCACCUGCAGGAGAUCAGCCUGCUCCACUCUCCGGCCAGGCUGCCCUUCUCCUCGCAGAUCUUCCUGCGGGACCACCUGAAGGUCAUCCGGGUCAAGUGCGAGGAGCUCCGAGAGGUGCCCCUCUGGGUGUUCGGGCUGCGCAGCCUGGAGGAGCUGCACCUGGAGGGGGUCUUCCCCCCGGAGCUGGCCCGGGCAGCGACCCUCGAGAGCCUCCGGGAGCUGAAGCAGCUGAAGGUGCUGUCUCUGCGGAGCAACGCCGGCAAAGUGCCCGCCAGCGUGACCGACGUGGCCGGUCACCUGCAGCGGCUCAGCCUGCACAACGACGGGGCCCGCCUGCUGGCACUGAACAGCCUCAAGAAGCUGGCGGUGCUUCGGGAGCUGGAGCUGGUGGCCUGCGGGCUGGAGCGCAUCCCCCAUGCCGUCUUCAGCCUGAGCGCACUACAGGAACUGGACCUCAAGGACAACCACCUGCGGUCCAUCGAGGAGAUCCUCAGCUUCCAGCACUGCCGCAAGCUGGUCACACUCCGGCUGUGGCACAACCAGAUCGCCUAUGUCCCCGAGCACGUACGGAAGCUCCGGGGCCUUGAGCAGCUCUAUCUCAGCCACAACAAGCUGGAGACACUGCCCACCCAGCUCGGCAUGUGCUCUGGCCUCCGCCUGCUGGACAUCUCCCAUAACGGGCUGCACUCCCUGCCGGCCGAGCUGGGCCUCCUCCAGAACCUGCAGCACCUGGCUGUCUCCUACAAUGCCCUGGAGCUUCUGCCCGACGAGCUCUUCUUCUGCCGCAAGCUGCGGACGCUGCUCCUCGGCUACAACAACCUGAGCCAGCUCUCGCCCCAGGUGGGGGCCCUCGGGGCCCUCAGCCGCCUGGAGCUCAAGGGCAACCGGCUGGAGGCGCUGCCGGAAGAACUCGGCAACUGUGGGGGACUGAAGAAGUCGGGGCUCCUGGUGGAGGACACCCUUUACGAAGGGCUGCCGGCAGAGGUGCGGGACAGAAUGGAGGUGGAGAGAAGCCAGGGAGGGGCAGGUUGCGGUAGAGGCCUUCCAGAUGCUAUCACCCUGGAAUCUCUACUGUUAUCUUCAAGGGAGGGGGCCAAGUGAGCCCAGGCCGGGACAGGAGGAGCAGACAUGCCAGGCUGGUGGAGCCCAAGGCAAGAUCCUAGGAUUGGUUUGCCUGGGAGGCUGUGGAUCUAGGGUGGAACAUCCUGGAGGGAUUAACUCAGUCAUAAGACUCUCAGAGCAAAACCACACCUGUGUCUUUGGCUAGCUUGCCUGCCCCCAGCCCUGGGCCAGAGCUGCUGCUCCCCCAACCCACUCCGAACAUUCGGGCUCAAUCAAUGCCACAUAUGGGGGUGGGGCUCAUCCCAAUGGGAUUUCAACCCUCUCUUCCUGACCAAAACAGCUUACAUCUGGGGUUCUCUCCCAAGGAGGGGACACAGACGCAACGGACAAGCUCCCCCCUCCUCCACCUCCAACUUGGAUGUUAAUCCCCUAUUUUUUUUUCAUUUAUUUAUUUAUUUUUUUGCGGUACGUGGGCCUCUCACUGUUGUGGCCUCUCCUGUUGCGGAGCACAGGCUCCGGACGCGCAGGCUCAGUGGCCAUGGCUCACGGGCCCAGCCGCUCCGCGGCAUGUGGGAUCUUCCCGGACCAAGGCACGAACCCGUGUCCCCUGCAUCGGCAGGCGGACUCCCAACCACUGCGCCACCAGGGAAGCCCAAUCCCCUAUUUAUAAGUUGUUUGCUAUGGACACCUGAACUCAGAAAAAAUGGUUUUCACAUUUGGCUAGGCAUCAAAGUCAGCAUCAAAACAAAACAUCCCAGGCCCCACCCCUGAAAGACUGACUCAGGAGCUUUGCCUGGAGGCCAGGAACUUGCCGGUAAAUAUAAGCAUCCCAGGUAAUUCUGACAAAGACAGUCCCAGGCCUGUGUGUUGGAAAAUGCUGACCUACAGAGUCAGAUAUCUGGGUGUCUAGAGUAGGGAUUCUGAACUUUUGUUUAGAUCCCUAGAUGCUUUGAGAAACCUGAUGAAAGCUGGGCACCUCCUUCCUCAGGAAAAUGCUCACGUACGUGAAAAGUUCUGCAAACAACUUGAGGCAAUCAACAGAUUCCCCCAGAUCCCCUAGAGGGCUGUUUAUGGACAUCCUAAGGAUCGGAGACCCCAGGUUAAGAACACCUGCUGUGGAGGGUACAUUUUUCUGAAGACAGGCUGGGACUUUGUCUUUCACAUGUUCCCUAUGCGAGGGAAUGUAUAUCAGUGGGUGCUUAAUAAAUGAU